GCACCACAGUCUGGGCAAAGUCACCGCUGCGCAAGUGAAAGUGACAGAAGCGUGGAGAAAGACGCACAAGAUAAAAACGGAACCGAAAACUACUGAAAACACACGUGCACGAUAUUCUACGGGGGCUGCACUAAAACAGGGAAGAGGAAGAGCUUACACGUCUGUUUUUACACGUCGAUUCACGCCGCUACAAGUUGGGUUGAAGUCAAUGCAGUGGAUCCGGUGACAGUUGAAUCACAUUUCUUCACGGAACAGCAGUAAUGGAGAAUGGGAGCAGCCGCCUACAGAAGACCCAGCAGGAGGUGGAGGAGGUCAAAAUGAUCAUGGUGGACAAUUUAAACAAGGCAGACGAGAGAGCGGGCAAACUGACUGACCUGGAGGAGCGAGCUGACAACCUGCUGCUAAAGAGUAAAGCCUUUGAGAAGACAACUGUGAAGGUCAAGCAGCAAAAACAAUGGGAGAACAACAAGAUGAAAAUCAUUUUUGUUGCUAUUGGAAUUGCAGUGGGAGCCAUCAUAAUUGGACUCAUAGUGUACGCUAUUGUGCAGAGUACACAGAAUUAAGUCAUUAUUGUGACACGGACUAAAAUGGUUCAGAUAGAAGAGGUGUCCAGAUAAGUGGUGUGCUGUUUGACCUGAACUUCUUACUCCUCUGUUUUAUGGAGAUAUUUAUGGACAACAAGCUCCACUUUUUAUUAUCCUCAGUUGAUUACGGUACCACUCACAGGUCAGCUGCUGCAUAGAUAACAUGUUGAAGUUAUAGUAUAGACUUAUUGGGCCCAAACAAUAACCAAAUAAAACCCUAAACAAACCAUAAAUUAUUAUUAGUUCUGCCUUUUUAAACUGUAUUAUAUAUUACUAAUAUACAUUAUUUUCUUUGCCCAUCUUUAAGAAGGCAUAGCUUCUUGCCUUGUGACACAACAUCAGUACAGAGUAGACACCAACAAGAUCUGGUUGGUGGAGUAAUAUGUAACCCAUUGUACCAAAAUAAUUCAGGAAACUUUUAUGGUCUUUUAUGUUUUACACAUUAAAUUGUAACACUUAGUUAUGAAUGUGGACUAUUUCACUUUAUGGCCCAGUGCUUGUGCUGAAUAUCACAUUUGGAAGUUGGUAUACGUUGACAAUCUAUAUUAAUGUGGACAUUAAUAAUCCAGUGAUUGUAAUGACAAUGCUUUGUCACUGAAAGAUUUUAGCACAUUUAGGCCCUGGUGACUACAAAAGCACAAAAUGGCCUAGAUCAAAGCUGAUGUAUUUUAUUUAGACAGAGAACUUACAUUGUACAAUAUCACCAAUUAUAGUCUCAAAGCACAAGUGUGACAGCAGAAUUGCUGUAGAGCGUCUUACCUCUUUUCGGUGUUAAUAAUGGAGAGUUUGUUUUUUUUCAGUUUAAUAUUGCUUCAUGCAAAUGUUGGUGAUUGUUUUAUUUGGAGUAUGAAAUUCAAAUAUUUGGACAGGACAAAAAUAUUGUAUUAUAAUGUGGAAUAACAAGCAUUAUUGCUAAUUUAAAUAUAACCUGCAAAUAAGGAAAGUGUUUUAUUAGUGCUUUUGAAGGUUUUUGUGUUUGUUUCAGUAAAUAAAAGAUUUGUGUGAAUGU